AUGAUUGAUAUCACCGUUCAAGCAUCUCGAAUCAAGUCAAGUCAGGUCAAGUCAGAUCAGGAUCCUGAAGAGGGCUGUCUGACUGCGGCUCUAGUCACCCUUUGCGACUUGCGUCGCAAAGGGUCUUACGGUAGCGGUAGCCGACCUCUCGUUGAGUUCAGUCAAGAAAUCUGGAGCGCCAGAAGCUGUGCCUGGACUCCGAUGCACUCUUGA